AUGGAUGCUGGUUUAAUGACUUGGUAUGCAAGCGGUUGGAAAAAUGUUCCACUUAUGUCAACAUGUGAAUCAAUGACUUAUAAUCCAAAAAAGACUAUAAAGUCAAAGUCAAAUGAAACAUUUUCUGUUGAUUUAAAAGUAUGCAAAAAUAGUGGUGAUAUAAAAAGUCAAGUAAAUUGUAUUGAACAAGUACAAAGACAAGCUAACGAUCACAGUGAUCAAUGUUUUGCCAAUUGGGCUUUUUUAACAGUACAAUUAUGGUUUAAAAAUCCUCAUGAACUAUGGAAACUACAAAUAUGUAAUACAGGUGGAGGAUCAGCUGAGUUAAUAUCUUGGCAACUUAUCGUUCAUAGUACACGUGAUUAUCCAGUCUCACCUCGUUUGUCAUCUGAAACUAAUCAAUCUAAUUGUCAUGUCGAAUGUAAUCCUAAAGAACCAUGUGGUAAUAAUGAUACAAGUUGUACAGCAUGUCGACAUUAUAAACAACCAUUAACGGAUGGAAAGUUUCGCUGUGUUGGUAUAUGUCCUGAAGGUACUUAUCCAUCUGAAACUGAUAAAUCAUGUUUACCUUGUCACUCAAAAUGUGGUUCAUGUCGUAAUGCUAGCGAAAAUAGUUGUGUCAGUUGUAAAUAUGGUUUCUUUCUUAUACAUGAUACAAUGAUAUGUGCCGAGUCGUGUCCCACUAAUUAUUAUACGGAUCGUAAUCUUCGAAAAUGUGUUCGUUAUAAAUCUGAUUGUGCAUCAUGCGAAACAAGUUCUCAUAUAUGUACAACAUGUCCAAAUGGUUAUGCUCUUAAAGAUACAGAUUGUGUAAAAGCAGCACAAGAAUGUCCAUCUGGUGAAUACUUUGAUUUUACUACAAAUACUUGUCGAUGGUGUGAUUUUCGAUGUUCAACUUGUAGUGGACAUGAAUCUUAUCAAUGUACUUCAUGUGAUAAAACAAGCAAAUUUCCUUAUCUUCAAUAUCAUACAUGUGUUUCAUCAUGUUCACCAGGAUUUUAUCUUUCGAAAAGCAAUUCUGAAUGUCUUUCAUGUCAUGAAACAUGUCUUAAUUGUACAUCAUCAAAUGACUCAUCAUGUUUAGCAUGUAAAAUAGGUUAUGAUUAUAUUCCUGAUACUCAUCGUUGUGAAAAACAUAUUGGUAAACCAUAUUGUAUUGAUAGUAAAACAGGUGAAAUGCGUACAUGCCAUUCAUCAUGUACACUAUGUAAAGGAGCAAAUCCAACUGAUUGUAUUGCUUGUAAUCCAAUAACAGAAGUACUUCUUAGUGAUGGACAUUGUGUUAAUGAAUGUCCAGCAGGUUCGUAUGAAAGUGAAAAGAAGACAAAUGAAAUUCAAACAAAUAUUUGUUUACUAUGUCCAAUUGGAUGUAAACUGUGUACUAAUGCAAAUGAUUGCAGUCAAUGUGAUGAAAUCAAAGGAUAUCAUAUAGACGGUCGAAAAUGUUUACCAACAUGUCAAUCGGGUACUUUUCAAAUGGAUAAUCAUUGUCUACCAUGUCAAGAUCCGUGUGUGACAUGCAUGAAUUUAACAAGCUGUUUAUCAUGUAAUAAUAAAUUAAAUUUAUUAAAUGAUCAGUGUGUUGAUAAAUGUCCAGAUGGUUAUUAUUCAAAUAAUAACAAAUGUAUUCAAUGUAAUCCAAUGUGUCGUACAUAUACAGGUUCAUCAGAAGAUGAUUGUAAAUCAUGUGCAGAUGGAUUUCGUUUCGAUGAACAGCAACAGCAAUGUUUGAAUUUAUGUCCAAAUGGAAAUUUUUACAAUAAAGAUGAUAAUAAAUUAUGUACAGACAAUUGUCUUGAACGUUUACAUUCUGGUUCGUAUUGUCGUCAAUGUUCUUAUCCAAUGUCACUUGAUAUUUCUACUCAUAAAUGUUUAUCUUGUUGUACAUCAAAUGUCACUACUGAUGAUUGUUGUCAAUGUUCAUCAAUAUGGGAUGCCAUUGAAACAAUAGCUAAAUUACUUGUUAAUGCAUUUGUAAAGAAAAAUAAUGAUACAGAAUUAUCUUUAAAUGGAAUACAUCGAGAAGAAAUAGUUACUCAAACAACAACACUCUUAGCACAAGCAUAA